GCGCGCCCGGCCUGCCCCGCUCCGCUUGAGGUAGGGGCCGCGGAGUGAUGGCGCUCCGUGCUCCGUCACGCCUGUUGCUGCUCCUCUUGCGGGGGCCAGGUGGGCCCUGCCGGGGCCUGGCCUCGGAAGAGCCCCGGGAGCCGCUGCCCGUGAUCCGCGUCCCGCAGCCUCUGCAGCUGCGGCGUGGGGCGGGGGCUCGAGGCGGGUCCGCGCCGCGGGCCGCGGUGCUUCGGCCCGGGCCGCUGUUGAUCGCGGCGCGGCGGCCCGAAUUCAGCCAGCCGGCGCGUUUGACGCUGGGCAGCUGGGAGCGCGCGCCGCUCGCCUCGCGCGGCUGGAAGCACCGGCGCUCGCGAGGCGACUAUUUCUCCAUCGAGCGCACGCACCGCGGGACGCCCGCGCUGCCGGCCGGGGCCGAGGAGGGGGCGGCGGAGCAAGAUGCCGGGGCCGGCUUCGCCGCGCUGGGUCUGCAGCCCCGAGUGCUGGAGGCCCUGAAGCAGGCCGCUCCCGGAGUCGUGCGGCCCACGUGGGUGCAGCUCCAAGCCGUGCCCCUGCUGCUCCGCGGCCGCCACCUGCUCUGCGCGGCCGAGACGGGCAGCGGAAAGACCCUGAGUUACGUGCUGCCCCUGCUGCAGCGUCUACUGAGCCGACCCAGGCUGGCCACCGCCCACCCUGCGCCCCGAGCCCUCGUGCUGGUGCCCUCCCGAGAGCUGGCCGAGCAGGUGCGGGCCGUGGCGGGGCCUCUGGGCCGGGCCCUGUCGCUGCAAGUGCGGGAGAUCGGCGGCGGCCGGGGCAUGAGCAGCGUCCGGCGGCAGCUCUCGCUGGACCCCCCGGCCGAUGUGCUGGUGGCCACACCUGGAGCCCUGUGGAAGGCGCUGAAGGGGCGCCUGCUGACCCUGGAGCAGCUCUGCUUCGUGGUGCUGGACGAAGCGGACACCCUGCUGGACGAGAGCUUCCUGGAGCUGGUGGAGUACAUCUUGGGCAAGAGCCCCGUGGCCGAGCACAAAGCUGAGCUGGAAGACCCCUUCAACCCCAGGGCCCAGCUGGUGCUGGUAGGUGCCACUUUUCCUGAGGGAGUGGGAGAGCUGUUGAGCAAAGUCACAGACCUGGGCAGCCUCACCACCAUCACCAGCCCCAGGCUGCACUGCGUUAUGCCUCACGUCAGUCAGAGGUUCCUAAGGAUCAAGGGCAGUGAGAAGGUGACUGAACUGAUAGAGAUCCUCAAGCACUGUGGGAAAGACAAUCCUGGCUCGUCAGGGCCUGUCCUGGUGUUCUGUAAUAGCUCCAGCACCGUGAACUGGCUGGGCUAUAUCCUGGAUGACCACAAAGUCCCACACUUGAGGCUCCAGGGACAGAUGCCUGCUACAAUGAGGGCGGGCAUCUUCCAGUCCUUCCAGAACGGCACCAGGAACAUUCUCCUCUGUACAGAUAUAGCUUCCCGGGGCCUGGACAGUACUCGGGUGGAGCUGGUUAUCAAUUACGACUUCCCACCAACUUUGCAGGACUAUAUUCACAGAGCUGGCAGAGUGGGCCGAGUUGGGAGCGAGGUGCCGGGAUCUGUGCUCAGCUUUGUAACUCAUCGUUGGGAUGUGGAACUGGUCCAGAAGAUUGAGCUGGCAGCUCGGAGAAGGAGAAGCCUCCCAGGGAUAAAGACAUCAGUUAAAGAACCUUUGCCCCCAGUAGAAUUGACUUGUUAGCUAGCCAGUGACACUAAAAAUGCAGGGUAUUUAUGACUGUGAACAAAGGACACUUGCAGUUAUCCAAGAAUGUGAAGAGACCAUUCCAGAGUGAGAGGAAGAUUAAAUUGAUAUGAGAAAAGUCUUUGGGCUUGUGACCAGUCUUGCUAUAUGAGGGCUGCCUAACUUUGGUUUUGAAUUUUGUGUAGCUCUGCAUAAUAGGGUGAACUUUUGUAUAAUAAAACCUAAUUUGACUCUUUUCAAUUUAGUGUAAAACUACCUCAAUGACAAUAUCAUCCGCUCUAUUUGUAUAGGGUGGGGAUGUCCAAAAUUUUUUAAUAUGGGAUGCGUGUUCAAUAAAUAUGCAGGCCAUAUGAAUUUUUUGUAAGGUGAAA